AUGCGGAUCACUUUCGUUUCCUCUGGUCCUCUGCAACUUCUCUCCUCACCACCCCUUCCCCCGCUUCCCCCCGGUCGGCCCCCCUUUCCCUGUCCGCUCUCCCUUUUCCACUCUCGCCACUCUCCCUGCACACUCCCCUCUCUCCCUGCACACUCCCCUCUCUCCCUGCACACUCCCCUCUCUCCCUGCACACUCCCCUCUCUCCCUGCACACUCCCCUCUCUCCCUGCACACUCCCCUCUCUCCCUGCACACUCCCCUCUCUCCCUGCACACUCCCCUCUCUCCCUGCACACUCCCCUCUCUCCCUGCACCUCCCCUCUCCCUGCACACUCCCCUCUCUCCCUGCACACUCCCCUCUCUCCCUGCACACUCCCCUCUCUCCCUGCACACUCCCCUCUCUCCCUGCACACUCCCCUCUCUCCCUGCACACUCCCCUCUCUCCCUGCACACUCCCCUCUCUCCCUGCACACUCCCCUCUCUCCCUGCACACUCCCCUCUCUCCCUGCACACUCCCCCUCUCUCCCUGCACACUCCCUCUCUCCCUGCACACUCCCCUCUCUCCCUGCACACUCCCCUCUCUCCCUGCACACUCCCCUCUCUCCCUGCACACUCCCCUCUCUCCCUGCACACUCCCCUCUCUCCCUGCACACUCCCCUCUCUCCCUGCACACUCCCCUCUCUCCCUGCACACUCCCCUCUCUCCCUGCACACUCCCCUCUCUCCCUGCACACUCCCCUCUCUCCCUGCACACUCCCCUCUCUCCCUGCACACUCUCCUCUCUCCCUGCACACUCCCCUCUCUCCCUGCACACUCCCCUCUCUCCCUGCACACUCCCCUCUCUCCCUGCACACUCCCCUCUCUCCCUGCACACUCCCCUCUCUCCCUGCACACUCCCCUCUCUCCCUGCACACUCCCCUCUCUCCCUGCACACUCCCCUCUCUCCCUGCACACUCCCCUCUCUCCCUGCACACUCCCCUCUCUCCCUGCACACUCCCCUCUCUCCCUGCACACUCCCCUCUCUCCCUGCACACUCCCCUCUCUCCCUGCACACUCCCCUCUCUCCCUGCACACUCCCCUCUCUCCCUGCACACUCCCCUCUCUCCCUGCACACUCCCCUCUCUCCCUGCACACUCCCCUCUCUCCCUGCACACUCCCCUCUCUCCCUGCACACUCCCCUCUCUCCCUGCACACUCCCCUCUCUCCCUGCACACUCCCCUCUCUCCCUGCACACUCCCCUCUCUCCAGGCACCCCCCCUGUGUGACCUUCCUGGACGUGGAAGAGGGCAGCCCGAGGUCACUGUUAUGCUCACCAACACUUCUGCCCAUCCACCUCCCUCCUUCCCUUCCCCCACCCUCUCCCCCUCCCAUCAGGCACCCCUGUGUGGCCUUCCUGGACAUGGAUGUGGGGCAGCCCGAGUUCACUCCGCCCGGCCUCGUCUCGCUGCACCUCCUCUCCCACCCCGUCUUUGGUACUUCCCCUCAUCUCCCCUACCUCCUCUCUCUUCUUCUAACUCCUCUCCAUGCCUUCCUCUCUCGGAAUUCCCUCCUCUCCCACCUGAAACGUCUUUCUCCAUCCUUUCCCCGUCAGCACAUCAGCACCCACCUUACCCUGCGUUUAUUCACAUUCCACCUGCCAUGCCUUCUCACACUCCCAUGCCUUCUCACACUCCCAUGCCCUCUCAUAAUGCCAUUCCUUCUCACACUCCCAUGCCCUCUCACAAAUGCUAUUCACAUGCUGCCAUGCCCCCUCACAACACCAAGCCUUCUCACCUGCACAGCGACAUCAGCCCUGCCUCCCCCCUUUACCCGCCCCCUUUGCCACCCCGCCCUGCAUCAGCGCACCCCCCUGGCAAGCCAUCUGUACGGCGACAUCAGCCCCGGCAGCGACCCCGCGCUGUACCUGCGCCAGCUCUUCUCUCUCUACGACUGCUUCAGACAGAACUACUAUGAUGGGCACGGGGCGGCGGCACUGCCACUGGUGAUCAACACACACGGGUGGAUCAAAGGAAUCGGGUAUGACGCCCUGGUGGAUCUGAUCCGUUGCGUGGCGCCCACACACGUCAUCCCUCUGCUCGUCCCCGAUGCAGCUGACAACCUGCCUGGGGGCCACUUCUGGCAGCCGGGGGGGGGUCGCCCCCGAGGAUAUCAACCCCAGGCUUCACUCCUCACUGCUUAA